AACAAUGUCGACAAGUUGGUCACUCGCUCAGAGAAAUGUUUUUAGUAGCAAGUUAAGAUCGAUGCCCGACGAUUUAACUUAAUAUUUUUGCCUCUUUUCCUAUUUCUGUCGUGUCCAGGCUCCCAAAAUGUCCUCGAAGCAGAAUGUAGUGGUGACCCUGGAGCUUGGACACCGCGCCACCGUCAGGCAGCAGCGGGUUGGGGUGUUUACACAUGACUGGGAGGUGUACGUCCAGGGGUCCAGUGGGGUGCGUUUGGAGCAGUUUGUCGACAAGGUGGUGUUUACGCUGCACAAGUCCUUCAACAAGCCCAAACGAGUGAUCAAGUUGCCCCCGUACAGAGUGAGUGAGAAAGGUUAUGGCAGUUUUAACCUCCCAAUUGAAAUCUACUUCAAGACGAGCCAUCCGUCGGACACUCGGAAAACACAGUUUGAGUACGACCUCUUCCUGCAACAUGUGGAGCUGCCGCCCAUCAACCACCACCGAAAGGAGAAGCUCACUUUUCUGAAGCCAUCCGAGGAAUUCAAACGCAUCCUUCUGCAGGGUGGCGGGGUGCUGGUGUCGGGGCAGGAGGAGUCAGGCAUGGGGGACAAAAUGGCUGUGACGCGUCCCUCCAGCGGGGCCAAGAUAAAGCCACACUCCACCUCGGUGCACCACGGCCAGCAGCAGCAGCAGCAGCAGCAGGAUCACACCACCGCUGCUGCCAAACGACACAAUAAACACCAGGCAGGCAAGGACUCACGUGGCCGGCCAGAGGGGGAGGCACCAAGGCAUCUGACACCUUCUCAGCCCUGUUUGGUGAGCCCAUCAAGAAGGUUGCUGAGACGCGCCGACCGAAGGCCCCUAAGGACAAACCGCCCCCUGCACCCCCACCGCAGCCCACCGACAAGCCCCCCUCCACCCCCUCCCCUGAACGACAAGGGCUCGCACCAUAAGGAUAAGCCGUCUUCAAAAUCUGGGGAGAAGAAGAAGGAUAGACAUAAGGAGAAGACCUCCAACUCCUCCUCCUCUUCUGUGGGAGGGGAGGGGAAGGAGGGGAAGGACAGGGCACCCCACAAGUCCCCGUCGAAACAGAAGAAGGAGGAGAAGAAGAAGAGGGACAAAGAGGGGAGCAAACACCACACUCCGCACCACACUCCACACCACACCCCGCACCACACGCCACACCACAGGGAUAAAGAGCCUCCCCCGGCCUCCUCCCAGCCCCCUCCUCGUCGCCCUGCCCCUCCUUCCCCUCCAGCCAAGCGCCCCCUCUCUCCACCCCCCAAGGCAGAAGCAAAGAAGAAGAAAGGGGAGGGGGAGGGAAGGCCAACGGAGGAGCCCCGCGAGAAGAAGAAAGAGAAGAAGAAGGAGAAGGAGAAGAGGAGGGAGAAGAAGGAGGAGGAGAGGGACAAGAGUGAUAAACAGGGAACUGCUAAAGGAGGAGGAGGAGGAGCAGGAGGAGGAGCAGGAGGAGGAGGAGGAGGAAGGGAAGAGAGAGCACAGGUGAGUAAAGGAGAGGAGAAGAGGGAGAAGAAGGGAGGAGGGGAGCACAGGAAGAAGGAAGCCACCCCCUCUCUGCCCCCCACCCCCUGUCAAGGAGAAGAAGAAGGAGAAGCCCCCCCAGCGCCUCCCCCUCCUCCUCCCCCUCAGCCCCGCUCCCGCUCCUCCUCCAAGUCCUCCUCCCGCUCCCCCUCCCCCUCCCUCUCCUCCUCCCGCUCCCCCUCCCCGACGCGCUCCUCCAAGUCCUCCUCCCGGUCGCGCUCCCCAGCCUCCCCGCCCCCCGCUCCCCGUCCCGCUCCCCCUCCCCCUCCAGCGGCUCAGAAAGGUCGCGGUCCAGGUCGAGGUCGCGCUCCAGGUCACGGUCCAGGUCAUUCUCUCGCUCCAGGUCUUCCUCCACCUCCCGCCAAGUCCGCCGGUCGGCCUCCUCCUCGCCCCAGCGCUCCCCCUCCCACUCCCCCUCCCGCUCCCCUUCCCCCUCCCCCUCAACCUCCUCCAGUGGCAGCUCCCCCCCACGUCCCAGCGGAGAGGCUGCAGGCACCCCUGGGGGCAGCUCAGGGGGUGCCAUGCACCCCCUCAAGCACCUCAUCUCUGGCAUGAGCUCCUCCUCCAGCGAGAGUGAGGCGCACCCUGACCCGCCCCCCCGGCCCCCCACACCGCCCCCAGCCCUCCAGCGAUGAGGAGGCACCCCCCGCUGCCCCUCCUGGGAAAGAGACCCCCCGGGGAGCCAAGCGGGAGGCGCGGCGCACCCCUGCAAAGGAGCGCAAGAAGAGGAGGUCACAGCAGCGCGACACUGCUGCCCCCACGCCCCAGACCGACUCCACCACUGCGGCUGCUGCGACGGCGGCCGCUGCGGGGGUCACUGCAGGGGCCGGGGUGGGUGCCGCGGCUGCCGGGGGCGUGGGUGGGGCACAGCUGCAGCAGCUGGUGGAGCUGCAGCAUAAGAUAAUGUCCUCCGGUGACCGGCGGCGGCUGCAGCAGGUGGUGGACAUCAUCGCCCAGCACUCCGCCUUCCACCUCACC